UCACUGUGCUCUUUGCAUAAGGAGCUCUUCUUUCUCAGAUUCCGAACUUUCGGUGUUGUUUCUGACCAGCUUUUCCAGAUCGAGAGAGAGAUGGAAGACAGGAGAGUGGGAGUGGCGGUGGAUUUCUCGCCGGGCAGCAGGGCGGCCCUGAAAUGGGCAGUCGAGAACGUCGCCCGGAAAGGCGAUCACCUUAUCUUGAUUGUCGUCCGGCCUGAAGAGAACUACGAGCAGGGAGAGAUGCAGCUCUGGGGCGUCACCGGUUCACCUUUGAUUCCUGUGAAGGAGUUUUCUGAUCCCACCAUCAUGAAGAAGUAUGGAGUGACGCCUGACGCUGAAACCAUCGACAUCGCCAACACUGCGACGCAGAAAGAGGUGACGGUGGUGAUGAAGAUCUACUGGGGCGAUGCCCGUGAGAAGAUUCUCGAGGCAAUUGACAAGACCCCCUUGAGCUUCCUUGUUAUUGGAAACAGAGGCCUUGGCAAGCUUAAGAGGGUUAUAAUGGGCAGUGUCAGCAACCAUAUCGUAAAUAAUGCUUCAUGCCCGGUUACUGUCGUCAAGACUAGUUCCGAGUCCCAUGCCAGCUAAAUCCUUUGUCCUCAAUGCAUGCUGGGUAAAUAAAUGCGAUGCAUCAAUUGCUUCCUUACCUGCAACUGAGCCUUUUAGUUUGCACAAGAUCUAGUUUUUAUCUUAAUAAGAUCUAGUUAAAUUAAGGUUUCAACUGUUUGUUGCGGUACGUUGAAGUUGGACAGAUUUGAUGUGCGUAUAUCGCUACGUUAUAUGCAUUUGCUACCGUCUAUAAUAUGAAUUCAACUUGUAGUCCGAGAUGGUGAUUCGCUUACCAGAAUUCAAGGCUUGAUUAAUUAAAGUUCCUCAGGUUCAGCAA